GAGGUUGGGAAAGUUCUCUAAAACACAACAUUUCACACCAGAGUGUUAGCUCAGAAGGGAAAUACGAGACGACUCCAAAUAUUCUUAAGCAGCAAGAUGUCAGGACCAAAACCUACUAAGGCUGAGAAGAAAAACCCUUCAGCUCCUCGUCAUACUGGACGAAGAGCUGUCCCACCAAAUGUCUCUAAUGCAGAUGAAGAUGAGGUUCCCACCAUGGAGACUUUUGGUGUCCUUCCAAGGGGUUUCAACAUGAAAGAUUACCUGGAAGUUCAGAAUGUCCAUCUGUUCAAAAUGCCAAACGAAAGAAAUAAGAGAGAGCAUCACACUGAUAAGUACUUCAACAACAAGCUCAUUAUUCGACGUGGGCAGCCAUUCAAUAUACAGAUUGAUUUUAAUCGCCCUUACAAUCCAGAAAGGGAUCAGUUUUGGGUGGAAUAUGUAAUUGGUCGCUAUCCACAGCAAAGCAAGGGCACCUACAUACCUAUCCCUAUAGUGGAUGAACUGGAAGUAGGCAAAUGGGGAGCAAAAAUUAUCCACAAAGACUACAACUCUGUCAGCCUGACCAUUUUGUCUGCACCGGACUGCAUUAUUGGCAAAUUCCGAAUGUAUGUUGCUGUACUUACGCCUUCCGGCAUUCUGAGGACAAGCAGAAACAAGGAGGCUGACACAUAUAUUCUCUUCAAUCCUUGGUGCAAAGAGGAUUCUGUUUAUAUGGAAGAUGAAAGGGAAAUAGAAGAGUAUGUCAUGAAUGAUGUUGGUGUAAUUUUUCAUGGAGAAAUCAACCGUAUUAAGACUAGAAGCUGGGAAUACGGACAGUUUGAAGAACAGAUCCUGGAUGCUUGCCUUUACAUAAUGGAUCGGGCCGAACUAGAUAUCUCUGGUCGAGGAAAUCCGAUCAAAAUCAGUCGUGUUGGAUCCGCUGUGAUAAAUGCAAAAGAUGAUAACGGUGUAAUAGCUGGCAGCUGGAAUAAUGACUAUUCGUUGGGAGUGUCUCCAUCAGCUUGGACUGGAAGUGUAGACAUCUUGUUGGAAUAUCAGAGCUCUGGGCUACCAGUGAGAUAUGGACAGUGUUGGGUCUUUGCUGGGGUUUUCAAUACAUUCCUGCGAUGCUUAGGGAUACCAGCACGGCUUGUUACCAAUUAUUUCUCGGCCCAUGACAAUGAUGCCAAUCUACAGACUGAUGUCUACCUAGAUGAGGAUGGGAAAACUAAUACAACACUUACUAAGGAUUCAAUCUGGAAUUAUCAUUGCUGGAAUGAGGCCUGGAUGGCAAGGCCUGACCUUCCUGUUGGCUUUGGAGGAUGGCAAGUAGUUGAUGCAACACCUCAGGAGACUAGUGAUGGUAUGUUUAGAUGUGGUCCUGCAUCAGUUCAGGCCAUUAAACAUGGCCAUGUCUGCUUCCAGUUUGAUACACCAUUCAUCUUUAGUGAGGUCAACAGCGAUAUUGUUUACUCCAAAGCAAUGAAAGACGGUUCUAAAGUGGUUGAGUAUGUAGACAAAACACAUGUAGGCCAAAGGAUUUUGACUAAAGAAAUUGGAGGAAAUGGUCCCCAAGACAUAACAGACUUAUACAAAUUCUCUGAAGGCACAGAAGAAGAGAGACUAGCUCUCGAGGCUGCCCUAAUGUACGGUGUCAAAAAGGAAAUCAGAGAUGGUGAUCAGCUACAGUCUGUGCCCGACGUUGAUAUGGACUUUCAGACAGAUAAUUCGGUAUUUGGCAGUGACUUCAAAGUCACUUUAGCUUUCAUGAACCGGAGCUCAGAUCGUUAUACAAUAACUGCUUUUCUUACUGGACAUAUUGUUUUUUACACUGGAGUCUUGAAGGCUGAGUUCAUGAAUAAGAAUCUUGAAGUGACUCUGGAGCCUGGAUCAUCUAAAACAGUGGACGUUCAAAUAAGAGCCAAUGAGUACUUAAGCAAACUGGUAGAGCAAGCCUCUCUGCAUUUUUUUGUUACGGCUCGUAUUAAUGAAACAAAGAAGAUCCUGGCCCAACAGAAGAUUGUGGCAUUGAAAGUUCCUGAUUUGCGUAUCAAGAUUGCUGGAGAGGGAGUUAUUGGUAAAGAAAUGACAGUGAUUGUGGAGUUUACAAAUCCAUUAAAGAAGAAACUCCAGAAUAUUACCCUGCGAGUCAGUGGACCAGGCCUCAUGAAGACUAAAACUCAAAUAUUCAGGGAAGUUCCAACAAAUUCAACACUGAGCUGGGAAGAGAAAUUUGUACCAAGGCGAGUAGGUCCAAGGAAAUUAAUUGCCACUCUGGACUGUGACUCCCUCCGACAUGUUUAUGGAGAACUGGACAUAGAGAUUCUUAGUGAUGGUUCUCUGUGAAGCUGCAUUUUCUCUUUAGCCUUUUGUUACCAUAGGGGGUUGCAAAUAUAUUCUGCUGCAAUCUGCUACAAUACUGAAGUAUGAUUAUUUAUCAAAUUAAUUGCUCCUCCUGUAAAACAAUACCAUACAUAAAAUAUUCAUCCC